AUGGCCCAACAAGUACUUACUCAGUUUCAAGAACAUCCGGAUGCUUGGUUGAGAGUUGACGCUAUCUUAGAUCGCUCGAAAUAUUCUUAUACUAAGUAUCUUGCUCUUCAAAUCUUAGAAAAGCUCAUACAGACACGAUGGAAAAUCCUUCCUCCAGAACAACAAAUGGGCAUUCGCAAUUUCAUCGUGAAUAUCAUUGUUUCUACUUCCGAUAAUGAACAGUCGCUUCGAAAAGAAAAGACAUACCUAAAUAAACUUAAUCUGAUCUUGGUGCAGAUUCUUAAGCAAGAAUGGCCUCAUAAUUGGCCACAAUUUAUUCCCGAAAUUGUAAGCACCGGACGUUCUAACUUGAAUAUAUGUGAGAAUAACAUGGCAAUUCUUAAACUACUAAGUGAGGAAAUUUUCGACUAUUCGGCUGAACAGAUGACACAACUCAAAACUAAGAACUUGAAAACUCAAAUGUGCCAUGAAUUUUCUAAAAUAUUUGAAUUAUGUAAUGAAGUAUUAGAGAGAGCGCAUCAACCAUCUUUAAUUAAAGCUACGUUAGAAACGUUAUUGAGGUUUUUAAAUUGGAUUCCGUUAGGAUACAUAUUUGAGACCAACAUUAUUGAAAAUUUGCGAACUAGGUUCUUAGAAUCUUCCGAUUAUAGGAACGUGACAUUGAAAUGUCUCACUGAGAUUGGUGCAUUAAAUGUGACCAAUGAAUAUGAUGAUAAAUUCGUCUCUUUAUUCAAUAUGGUUGUAGCAUCACUUACCUCUAUGAUACCAAUGUCAGCUGAUUUCGCAAUGAUUUACAAUAAUAGUUCCAAUGAGGAACAAGAAUUUAUUCAGAAUCUGGCAUUAUUUUUAACUAGCUUUUUGAGUGCUCACUUAAAGGUACAAGCUUCAAGGCUUAUUAUGGAAGCUCAACCAAACAGCAACGGUCUUUUGACCGCUCAUUUUUAUCUUCUUAGAAUCUCUCAAGUCGAAGAACGCGAAGUCUUCAAAGUAUGUUUAGAAUACUGGACUAAGCUGGUUGCUGAAUUAUACGAAGAAACACAGCAACUUUCUGUUCUUGAAAUGCCUUUACUUUCUCUGUCUGGUGCAAUACCUCCUCAAUCCUCCCUUGCAAAUACUACACUGAGAAAGAAUAUGUAUAGUGAAAUAUUGUCCACCUUACGGGUUAUAAUGAUAGAUCGUAUGGUUAAACCUGAAGAGGUUCUAAUUGUUGAGAAUGAAGAAGGGGAAAUUGUUCGAGAAUUCAUGAAAGAUAGUGAUACAAUCACAUUAUAUAAGAGUAUGCGCGAAUGCUUAGUUUAUCUUACGCAUUUGGAUGUUCAAGAUGCAGAGAGCAUCAUGUCAAACAAACUAAACAAGCAGGUUGACGGAAGUGAAUGGUCUUGGAACAACUUAAAUAAACUUUGUUGGGCAAUUGGAUCCAUAUCCGGUGCAAUGAAUGAGGACACGGAAAAAAGAUUUUUGGUAACGGUUAUCAAAGAACUUUUGGGUCUUUGUGAGCAAAAACGUGGAAAAGACAAUAAGGCUGUGGUUGCUUCCAACAUAAUGUAUAUCGUUGGUCAAUAUCCUCGUUUUCUUAAAGCACACUGGAAGUUUUUGAAGACUGUUGUCAAUAAACUCUUUGAGUUCAUGCACGAAACGCAUGAAGGUGUACAAGAUAUGGCUUGUGACACGUUUAUAAAAAUUGCUCAAAAAUGUCGCCGUCAGUUCGUUACGCAACAACAAGGCGAAAGUUGUCCUUUCAUAGAAGAGAUUCUUAAUACUAUUGAAAAUAUAACAAAAGAUUUGUCUCCUCAACAAGUUCAAACAUUUUACGAAGCUGUUGGUUAUAUGAUCUCAGCUCAACAGACAAAGCAGAUUCAAGAACGUUUGGUGGUCAUGUAUAUGGAACUACCAAACGCAGGGUGGGAUCGUAUAUUGGCCCAAGUAAGUCAAGAUUUGGAUGCCCUUAAUAUUACGGAAAACACCAAGAUUCUGGGUCAUGUGCUGAGAACAAACGUUGCCGCUUGUACUGCUGUUGGUAGCGGCUUUUCCGUUCAAAUCGCCCGUAUUUAUGUACCUUUACUGGAAUUGUACAAAGCUGUCAGUCAGAUAAUAUCGGACACUGUCGACAGAGAAGGCCAAAUUGCUACAAAAACUCCUCGUGUGCGUAAUUUACGAGUAAUUAAGAAAGAGACACUUAAAUUAAUGGAGAUUUAUAUAACUAAAGCGGAAGAAACAAGCACAAUCAUAACGCACUUGAUGCCACCAUUGCUAUCCGCAGUCCUAAUUGAUUAUAACACCAACGUUGAACAAGCUAGGGAUGCUGAAGUGUUAAGUUCAAUGGCCACUAUAAUUACAAAGCUCGGGGCUGGAAUUACAAAUGAAGUCCCAGCCAUUCUUAAUGCUGUAUUCGAAUGCACGUUAAAUAUGAUUAAUAAAGAUUUUGCAGAGUAUCCAGAACACCGUGUUGGAUUCUUUAAACUUCUUCGAGCUAUCAAUCAACAUUGUUUUCCUGCUUUGUUAACCUUACCACCAACACAGUUCAAACUUAUAAUGGAUAGUAUUGUGUGGGCCUUCAAACAUACGAUGCGUGAUAUCGCUGAUACUGGUCUAUACAUCUGUUUAGAGUUGAUUAAUAAUAUAUCAUUACAAGAUACGGCGACAGCAAAUUUAUUUUAUAGUCAGUAUUUCCUUAAUCUUUUACAAGAUGUAUUUUUCGUUUUGACUGAUACAGAUCACAAAAGUGGAUUCAAAAUGCAAUGCUCUGUGCUUCAACGAAUAAUUAAUCUUGUGGAGUCUGGCGCAGUACAAGCUCCGUUGUUUAAUCCAGCCGAAGUGACAGAUCCAUCUAUGACGACUCAGAGAUUUUUGAGGGAAUACGUCAUGAAUUUAUUGCAAAAUGCGUUCCCUCACUUACAAGCAGCUCAAGUUCAGCAUUUUGUUAUGGGCCUUUUCGAACUGCACCAACAAGACUUAGCUAAAUUUAAAUUGCACAUGCGUGACUUUCUAAUUCAACUUAAAGAAUUUGCUGGAGAUAAUGCCGAUUUGUAUCUAGAGGAACGGGAGGCUGAAGCUGAGCUUCAGAAGAAGACGGCAAUGGAAAAUGCAUUGAAGAUUCCAGGGCUUGUGAAGCCUGCUGAUUUACCAAUGGAUGAAGAAGAAUAA